GUUAACUGAACAUCAGCUUGCCCAGCUUCCUAGUUUUUACCUCUCAUUCAGACGAUUAUGGACUAUAUUUUGCAAUGUUUUGAAAAUAUGACAUGCAUGACAACCUGCUGAUCGUCCGCAACGCAUUAUGAAUAUCAUUGCCAGAAAGAAGACGUCGCGUCUGUGAAUCGCUGAAAUUUUCCUUUGUCAGAAGCGAACAGCAAACAAUGCAGAAGAAACGGUGGGCAGAGAGUAUUCUCCAUCUAACGAUAUUGCUGAGUUUAUCUCGCGUGGACUGGGAGUCUUAUUUUACCAACAAUUUGCGGCAAUUUCCCGAGCUCAAUGAACUAAUUUUGGGUCAGAAUUUAGCAUACACGCAAACGCAGUUUCACAAUAUUUACAACGAGUUUGAUGGAACGAGCAUCCAUCCCAAACGUAUCAACAACGAACAAUUCAAUGAAGGUAUAUUCAGGGAACUCCAGGCAUUACAUCGUCGCGAGUUUGAGCCGGCGGAUCGCGAUAUAACAGCCUUGCUGCUGGACAGGCCAGAAUACCGGUUAACUAAUGGCGACCAAAAUAACAAUGACGAUGAAAACGGCGGAGAAACUGAGACAAACAAUGGCGGUGACCAUCACCAUCAUGAGGACAACAUUGAUUCGUUGUUGUUUGAUUUUCUGUGGCCUGGGAAUGAGCUCACUUUAGAGGACAUGGAUCUCAUAGAUGUACUGUGGAAGCAGGACAUUGACAUGGGUGUGUGCCGUGAAAUCUAUGAUGGAACAUAUCGACAGAAAGAACUGGAGAAAGAGAAGCAACUUGAACUAGCAAAACUGAAAGAAGAAAAGUCACCGAGUAUUGGUGAUGAAUGGUCUGGAUUGGAAUAUGGCGUUGACAGUGAAACUGGGGAGUAUUAUCUUAUCCCACAUGUGCAUGAGCCAACAUCAGAACCCGAAGCCACGGCUGCAGACAUCCCUCUUGAUCCAGAUGCAAUUGAUUAUAAUCUCGAUGAGUGUAUUCAGAUGUUGCGCGAGCAUGCACUUCAACAGAAUGGUCCCCAGGCUGUGGACGACGAGGGCCUGCCCCUCUCUGUGGGUAUUACCAGUCCACAGAUCCUGCCAGCAGAAGAUAAUGCCACUGCUGAACAGCAGUGGCAGGACCUGGCUAGUCUUACCGAGUUACAGCUUGGGUUGCCUCCGUUGCCACCACAGAAUGACACGUAUGCUGUAAAUGCAACAACGAAUGGGAACGUCAAUCUACAGAAUGCUAGCAUGUCACCGGAAUUGAACAAUCUCACUGACUUCAUGUCUGUGGGUGCAUCGCUGCUUUCCCCAGUGGUACAAACACCAGAAGACUUCACCUACAACGCCAACAACACCGAUUCCUUACUAGCAGCUCUGCUGAGCGGUGCAGUGAUCGGAGAUAUUGACCUGAUGAAUGACAUAACCAUGGACGAAACACUGAGUGCAUCGCUGGAUGACAUUGAUCCAUUAAACGCAUCUAUGGAAGAUGAACAUGUUCCAUCAGAGAAUGGUGAACUCACCACAUUACUGCCUAGUGUUACAGAUGAUGCUGAUUCUGCCGUAUCUGUUAAUAGUGGAAGUGUUAGCAGCGGAAUUAAUUCUCCGUACAGUUUUGAUAAUGACUGGAAUGACACCACAUCAUCACAUUGCAAUGAUACCAGUGAUGACGGUAUCUAUGACGACAUGGAAGGAGCUACCGCUAUGGAUUAUGAUAGCGCUGAUGAUGAUAUGAAUGCAUACUUUGCCGGUAAACAAGUCGUGAAAGAAGAAAGUCAGUACGAUAAAUACCAACGUUUGAGUACGCAGCCACCGAACAUGGAUAACAUCAAACACAACCACACCUAUCCACAGCCCCACGACUCGGAACAGAAACAACAAAACAAUAAAGGCAAUCAUAAUACUCCGGGCUACAGCGGUUCCUCGUCUAAGAAAGACAAGAAGCACAAGCUGUCGCGCGAUGAGAAACGUGCCAAGGGUCUGAAAAUACCGUUCACCACUGAUAAAAUAAUCAAUCUCCCCGUCGACGAUUUCAACGAAAUGUUAUCAAGUAGCUCCCUGUCUGAAGCGCAGCUAACGCUGAUCAGAGACAUUCGCAGACGUGGGAAAAACAAGAUAGCUGCGCAGCAUUGCAGGAAGCGGAAACUUGAAUCAAUCUCAAACCUGAGUGAUGGCUUAGCGGAGCUGAAAGCAGAGAAAGAAAGGCUAUGCAAAGAGCGGCGCAUGAUUGAUAAAGAAACCAUCAGUAUGAAAGAUCGGUUUCAAGUUCUCUACCGGGAAGUGUUUGAGAGUUUACGAGAUGAGAGGGGAGCACCAUACGACCCGGAAGAGUAUUCAUUGCAACAAUCUACAGAUGGUAACGUCUUCUUAGUACCAAACACUGCCACUCAAAGACAACAAGAAGAUCGUAAAAACAAAAACAGAAGAAAGGGCCGCUCCAAAUAAGGAAAUGCUUCUGUUUUGGUGGGGAAGGUCAAAUUUAUUUUAAGCUUUUUUUCUGAUUGGGGAUGACUUUACAGAUAUAUAUUCUUGCUUUUAUUUUGAAAGGUUAUUCUUGAGUUAUCAGUUGCGAGGUCAAAAGAAACCUCAAUUUUACACAGAGUGUAAUAAUUUUCUUUUCAGCUUGCAGGGUACCGUAAUCGUUUCAUCUUCAACUGAUUUUCUUGCAUAAUAUUCUUUGAAAUAUAUUGGCUUCCAUUGUAUUCUGAAGUAUUUCACCAAAUGAAUCAUAACUGUGAAGUCUAACCUCUAAUACGCACAUGGUUGAUAUCAUUUUCAUAUCAAUGAAAGGCAUUACACGUUGGGCAUUGCAAACUCCCCGCAAAUGCGACCAAACAGUCGCUCAUUCAGUGCAGUAACUUUGAACAUUAUGCAUUUCCAGCAAGUUCCGUUAAAAGAUAGGGUAGCAUGCUAGAAAACUGGCUCACUAAUUUGCUGACAACUUUUAUUUUGAUUAUUACAUGAACACAAUAAUUUUAUAAUCAUUUUGGUGAUUGAUAUUACCCUGAAGAAAGGUAACUCACUCAGACAUGGGCUUUUCUUCUCUCACUAUCAAUUAAUCUCUAAAUAAAACAAUAUUGUAGUUUAGGAUUGAGCAGCAUAUAGUUGUCCAGAACUGGUGUGACCACUUUAUUAGAAAGUAGGCCAUCUGACUUGCUGCCCCAAUUCUGAGAUUUGCUGUAAUGCCACACCUGCUCUGGUAUUUAAUGAACCAGACACCUGUUUGUGGUACUUAUCCAUAGAUAUAUACACCUCAUAAUUAGAAUUCUUGAUUUAUAUACCUUUGAUGCAACUUCACUGUUCCCACCACUACAGUAGGAUCCGUAAAACAUUCAGCUACAUGUAGCAUUGACUUGGCUUAACCUUUUCACUACCAGCUCCCUCUUUUCAUCACAAAAUAGUCUUGUUGAUAGUCUGUACUCCCCUUCAGAAGAUUGGGACAAAAACAGCCAAAUGUUUGGGGUAAAAACAGAAAAAUUGACUAAAAUUUUGUCUGUUGGCUCUAAAAUUAGGGUUCAUUUCCAGAAAUAUUGAAGAAUAUAAGAAAAAAAGUGCAGAAAAGUUUGGGUGAGAAAGUCUGGUGGUGAAAAGGUUAAAGCUAGCUUACGUUACGUUUGAAUCAGCUAAAUUGAGUAAUCUGCGUUACUGUCUCGUAUUACCGGUAGUAACAUUUGUAAAUAUUACAAAGAAUAAGUUGAAAUUAUUAAUGAAAAUGAUACUUUGAAAAGUUAUCAUAGGAAAAGUCAGCUGAUUGCCAGUUAGUGAGUUAAGUUGCACUCGGACUACGUUAAAUAGUUUUUACACUAUAAUGUCUUCAUUUUGUUUUCUUGUGUUUUGAAAAUUAAAAAAAAAAACAGGAGCACUUAAUAAUUAUAUUAAAUUAGUUAUGAAUAUGGCUAUAAGUAAUCGUACAUUUAUAAAAUUAAUAAAUUUGGUUUUAAUGUUGCAUUAAUACAUUGAAUUUUUUUUGAAUUUUUUUUUGACUACAGCUGCAAAUUUGAAGACGUUGUGGUAUUUUAAGUUUGAGAUCCCUAUUCUAUAUGCAUUGUCUUAAUCUGGCACAAAUGUUUUAUGCUAGCUCUGCGUACAGUGUUGUGUGUACGGGGACGCGUUCGGUUGAUAGAUUUCCCCACCACAGCCUUGCGUACCUCCAUAAACAAAGUCCGGGAGCGCACAGCAAGUUAAAAAUAAGUAGUUUCCCAGCCGAAAUCGGUUGAAAUAACAAUAGUUAUCCGUAACAACCAUUACAAAGUUAUCUGAAACUGAAAUGUCUUUAAAUAACAACUAGUAAAGACGGACGCGUAGGAAUUAUCCACCAAACGCCGCCAUUUUUAAUUUCAUUCACGCGAGAGAAUGCGUUUGUUUUUAGAGCAAAGUAGCCGAUUUCAUCCACAAUUGGUCUCCGAACUGGGAAUUCUGGAUAUAUCUGGUAAUCGAUCUACAUUUUUGGUUACUGGGCAUGUUGCAUUAAAAAAGUUUAUAUUUCAAAGUCCGGGACUUUGUCUGUGGAAGUUCGCAGGGCUGUGGUGGGGGACAUCUAUCAACCGAACACGUCCCCGUACACACAGCACAGUACGCAAGGCUAGUUUUAUGCAUACCCCUCCUAAAGAACCAGACAUUUUGCCUUCCAUGUGUAAAUAUUUAUUGUAAAUAUUUUUGUUUGAAACAUACAAUGUUUUUUUUUUUUUAUAUAAUAUAUACUUACAUGUAUAACCAAAAUAAUUGAACUUGGCUAAAAUUUCUUUUUUCUGAGUUUAGCUUGUGUAUCAAUAUUAUUUCGAUUCACACAGUCUAAGAUGGGUUAAUAAGUCUUUUUGUACUGCUAUGUGGUUUAAAUAUGUACUAAUUGGGGGAAAUAUUGAGAAUUUUUUUGGAAUAUGGCAAAUCAUUGAUUCAACAUGCAUUUGAAGACUGCGAAUGCAUUUAUGGUUUGAUUUUUAACAUCCAAACAAGCAGAAAAUUAUUGACAUUUCAAUGAUAAGAGUUUAUGCUUAUUCAUACCAUGAAAUAAUGUAAAACAUUUUAUUUUCUCUUCUAGUAAUUAUUGUGAUUGGAUGAUUUUGUAAAAGUCACCGACUCUUGCAUUGUAGAACCCAGAGAAAUUUUGAAUGCUACGAAAUUUUAUGAUUAUCAAAGUUGUGAAAAUCAUGAAAUUUUGUCUCUUGAGAAAUUAGUCGUUUAUUGUAGUUCCAAGAAACCUUAAAAAUAUCUUUUUCUGUUUAAUAGAUGUCGAGCAAAAGGGUUACAAUUAGUGUAUAUUUACUUCCGCAAUUUGUUCAGAAUUGAUUUAGAAACUAUUACGUUGGAUUGUAAUCAGACAGCUUGCUUGCUUGCUUGUUUGUUUGUUCUCGUCGCUAUGCAAGCAUUCUUGGAGAAGGCUGCGUUGUUAAUUUGGUUAGCAUUAGAUACAUUUACAGAAAUAAGAAAAAUGUAUUGAAAUUUGUGGUUUAGAAAAAUGUAAAUAAAACAAAAUCUGUUUUCAGUAA